CUCCUCUUCUGACGUGGUGGAGAUGGCAGUGAACUUUGCCUGCAGCUUCACUGCACUUUGCUGUUUGGCACUCUGGAGCUUCACCGGGACUUCAAGUGUUACAAAUGUACCACCACCCCACUCAACCAUAAGACCUGGCUCCCCUGUCCCAGUGAACACCAACAACCCCGGGGUCCGCAAGGCCGCUCGCUUUGGGGUUUACAGAUACAACAAUAGCUCCAAUGACCUCUUUCUGUUUAAGGAAUCACAGAUAAAGAAAGCCAUGGUACAGAUUGUCAGAGGGCUGAAGUACAUGCUUCACGUAGAACUCAAACGCACUGUGUGUGAGAAGAGGGAUCAUUCCAGCUUGGACAGCUGUCACUUUCAAAGGGAAAAAAACCUGCAACGGAUGCUGAGAUGCUAUUUUGAGGUCUGGAUAACACCUUGGACACACAAAGUACAUAUCCCUGUUGCCCACUGUCACCAAGACCUUUCCCCAUGAGAGCCUGAUUUACAGGGGAUCUCCCACCAUGAGUUUUUCCUUGCCUGGACUGCUGAGGUCAACACUGAAGUGAGGAACAGUUGUACAGAAUUGCCACAGAGCUUUUCUUUCAAA